GCUUUGUAUGAUCUUCCAAGACUGUGGUGACGUUGUUGGUCGUAUUCCGUCUUACAGGCAGGGCGUUACGAACGCUAUGGGCAUCAUGCAAUUAUUUACAAAGGAACUUCCCCGCAAUCACGCAUCAAGCCGAUGAGUUAAGAGAAGGUCUAGGUUACCAUGUCAACAGACUAUAAGCAGAAUGUAGAAACUGCCCCUCACCACCCUGUCAACCUCUUCGCGCGCGUCAUUCACCUCGCCUACUGCUUUGCUGCACUGAUCCAAGCUGAACGCCGCCAGUUCUACUCUUCUGGAUUUAGAAUAACGCGUAAGACAGAAAAUGAGCGUCAGCACCAACCGUAACAUCAUCAUCGUGGGCGUCGGGUCCUCUAUGUCCCGGUCGCUGGCCAUGUGGCUCGCCAGUCUCGGGUGGAACAUCGCCUUGAUUUCCCGCACGGAGAAGAGCCUGGCGUCCAUCGCCGAGGAAGUCCGCUACGCGGCCCCAGACAAGAACACCGUCAACGUGGUCCACCAUACAGCGGACGCCGGCGACCCGGCCAGCUUGACGUCCGCUCUGGAUUGGUGCCUGCAGCAACUCGGUGGAACCCUCGACGUCCUCAGCUACAACGCCGCGCGGGUGGCGGAAUCCUCCGUCGCGGAUCUCACGCCCGAGGAGCUGGAGCUGGAUUUCCGCGUCUCCGCGGUCGGGACGCUGGUCGCCGGCCAGUGGUUCCGCGGACAUGCCCGGGUGGAGGCUGUCUCGCGAGGCGAAUGGCCCUUGUUCCUGGUCACGGGCGGUGUCCUGGACAAGCACCCGGACCCGAGCAUGGCGUCUUUGAGCAUCGCGAAGGCGGCCUCGCAGACUGUCAGUCGGAUCUUCGCGCAGGUCCUGCCUGAGAAUGCUCAGAUCUUGGUGGGCAUGCCGCUGGUGACGGGUCGCACUGUUAACCCCUCCACCGGAGAGUACUAUGAGCAGUAUCGUCCCGAUAAGAUCAUUCAAGCGCUCUUCCGGCCGUUCUUCGAGGAGAGAGAGCAGAGACCGAAUGGGUCAGAAGGCUGGUUGGUGGAACGGCAUCUGUGAUCGCGAACGUGCCCCCGAGUCUGGAAGAGGAUAGCCCCAGGAGAAGGGAGUUCGGUUAGGCCGUCCAGAGAGAGAGGUCAAACUCAUCUCAAAUAGUGCUCUGGGUGGGUUUCGAUGUGAGACAUGAGAACGCCUGGAAUCAGACAUUUCAUUAUAAGUGUCACUAGUCAAGAAUGUGAUUUGCCGUCUUGAGUUACACUGCGAUUGCCGACUAGUGUUGAGUUAGCCAGCAUUAGUUUCUUCGUGGUGUUGACAGGCGACCCUGGGGUCAAAGUGGUAGGUAGUAUGAAGAAGGUAUUGAAAGGGGGGGC